AUGCUGAGUUAUGUCGUUGCUCAGUGUGAAUGUGCCCGCCGACUUGCCGUACUGCGGCUCCACCAGCGGCAGCCAACACCACACGCCUCUUUCCCCUCUCGCUUGAUUACGCUCGUUUUGAUGUAGGGGUAAACAUGUCUGUAAUGGGAGGUGGUAAAAGAGGGUUUUAUUUCAAUACCGUCCUCUCGCUGGCCCGCUCUUUAGCCGCACACCGUCCCGCACCGGUCGAAAAGGUCCAAAAGCUACAAUGCAUGUGUCCAGUGGAGAUUCGGGGUGUGUUCACUCUGGAUGUGCGUCGCAGAGAUGCUGUCAUAGCACUGGCUGUGUUUCUUGUGGAGUCUGACUUACAGCACAAAGACAUACUUGUUUCCUACUUGCUGAGCCUAUUGAGAGGGUUACCACGGGUCCAAUGGAUCGAGGAGAGCUUGGGAAAGAAAGGGAGGGAGUCCCUCCCUGUUGCAGAGAAUUUCAGCUUCUGUUUAGUGACUCUGUUGGCAGAUGUGGCUCAGAGGGACCCAGAAACCCGACAACAGAUCCUGGACACAAUCAUGGAAGUCAUGCAGGGGCUGCAGGAGAUGUGCCAGACACCUGAUAACCAUGACAAAGUCUACCUGUGCAAGUAUAUUGUUCCUUGCCUGCUGGGUGUGACUCGGGCGUUCGGCCGCUACAGCAACACAGACGAAGCUCUGCUGUCUAAGCUCUUCCCAAAAGAUUCGCCCCAGACGCGCUGUGUUACAGAGGAAACAGAGGGAGUCCGGCGCAGGUCCUUUAAUGACUUUCGCUCCAUCCUGCCAUCGUCACUGCUGACGGUCUGUCAGAGCGACACUCUGCGUAGACGCACUGGGACCAACUUGGAUGCCUCUGCACAGGUCAGUCCAGAUCCAGGUGGCCACUCGCCCUGCUCUCCUACAGCACCUGGCCCACAGUACUUUGAAGGUGCCUAUCUUCCUGACAGCAGCGCUGUAGACCCUGACUACUACUUCUCCACAGUCAGCUCCAGCUUCUCCAUGUCUCCUCUCUUCAUGGGUGCAGGGGAAAAUGACAUUGAUAUGUCUGUUGACCUGCUCCGAAAGCUCCUUGGCAUGGUCAAGAAAUUUGUUUCAGAUUCCUUUUUAAAAACACUGGAUGCCACUAUGUCAGAAGUUACAGAGUCUAAUCCUGGGAUCAGCCUCUAUUACAAAACCUUCAGUGACCCUCUCUAUGUGUGUAUGUUCAAAAUGCUGAGGGACACACUGUACUACAUGAAAGCCUUGCAGUCAGCGUUUGUGCGGGAAGUGCACGACUUUGUUCUGGAGCAGUUCAGCAGCAGCCAGUCGGAGCUGCAGCGAGUACUCCAUGAUACAGGCGGGUUACCGGGGGAACCCAGCCCCCUUAAGCUCCGUUGCCAAGCCAACGCUGCCUGUGUGGACCUCAUGGUGUGGGCUGUCAAAGAUGAACAAGGAGCUGAGAAUUUGUGCACCAAACUCUCUGAGAAGCUGCAGUCAAAAACCUCGAGUAAAGUCAUCAUCGCUCACAUGCCCCUGCUCAUCUGUUGCCUGCAGGGCCUGGGUCGUCUGUGCGAGAGGUUUCCAGUGGUGGCUCACUCUGCCACGACCUCUCUCAGGGAUUUCCUGGUCGUCCCCUCUCCUGUUCUGAUAAAGCUGUACAAGUACCACAGCCAGUACAACACAGGGACGGGUGAGAUCAGGAUCAACGUGACCAAUGAGCAUUCCCAGUCCACCUUCAACAUCCUGUCAAACAGGAAGGACCAGCCCUCUAUGUACGAGCAGCUCAGAGACAUCUCUAUCGACAACAUCUGCAGAUGUCUUAAGGCUGGUCUGACGAUGGACCCUGUGAUAGUGGAGGCUUUUCUGGCCAGCCUGUCCAACCGUCUGUACAUCUCACAGGAGAGUGACAAGGAUGCUCACCUGAUCCCAGACCACACCAUUCGGGCACUGGGCCACAUCGCUGUGGCUCUGAGAGACACUCCGAAAGUCAUGGAGCCCAUCCUGCAGAUCCUGCAGCAGAAGUUCUGCCAGCCUCCCUCACAGCUGGAUGUGCUGAUCAUAGACCAGCUGGGCUGCAUGGUCAUCACAGGAAAUCAAUACAUCUAUCAGGAGGUGUGGAACCUGUUCCAGCAGAUCAGUGUGAAGGCCAGUUCAGUUGUUUACUCAGCAACAAAGGACUACAGAGACCAUGGCUACAGGCACUGCUCUCUGGCAGUGAUAAAUGCUCUGGCGAACAUUGCAGCCAACCUACAGGGGGAGCAGCUUGUGGAUGAGCUGAUGGUUAACCUACUAGAGUUGUUUGUUCAACUUGGCCUGGAAGGAAAGAGGGCCAGUGAGAGGGCCUCAGACAAGGGACCUGCUCUGAAGGCAUCAAGUAGCGCUGGAAACCUUGGAGUCCUCAUUCCAGUCAUUGCUGUGUUGACCAGGCGGCUUCCGCCAAUCAAAGAGGCUAAGCCCCGCCUCCAGAAGCUGUUUCGGGACUUCUGGUUGUACUCUGUGGUCAUGGGCUUUGCUGUGGAGGGAUCAGGGCUUUGGCCAGAGGAGUGGUAUGAAGGAGUGUGUGAGAUCGCUACCAAGUCUCCCCUCCUCACCUUCCCAAGUGGGGAGCCUCUUCGCUCAGAACUGCAGUACAACUCUGCUUUGAAAAAUGACACAGUCACUCCGGCGGAGUUGAGCGAGCUGCGCUCCACCAUCAUCAAUCUCCUUGACCCAUCCCCCGAAGGCUCUGCCCUCAUUAACAAGCUGGACUUUGCCAUGUCCACAUACCUGCUCUCUGUCUACAGAUUGGAAUACAUGAGGAUGCUGCGAUCAAAUGAUGCUGACAGGUUCCAGGUCAUGUUUCGAUAUUUUGAGGACAAAGCCAUCCAGAAGGACAAAUCCGGUAUGAUGCAGUGUGUUAUUUGUGUUGGCGAUAAGGUGUUUGAUGUUUUCCUGCAAAUGAUGGCUGAGAAGCCCAAGACCAAAGAGCAUGAGGAAGAAUUGGAGCGACAUGCCCAGUUUUUAUUGGUCAACUUUAAUCACACACACAAGAGGAUCCGCAGAGUGGCGGACAAAUACCUUUCUGGCUUGGCUGAGACCUUCCCCCAUCUGCUUUGGAGCGGUCGUGUGUUGAAGACCAUGUUGGAUAUCCUGCAGACACUCUCUCUGUCUCUGAGUGCUGACAUCCACAAGGAUCAGCCUUACUACGACAUCCCAGACACCCCACACAGGAUCACUGUUCCUGACACUUACGAGGCCAGAGAGAGCAUAGUAAAAGACUUUGCUGCUCGCUGUGGUGAGAUCCUGAAAGAAGCAAUGAAAUGGGCCCCUUCUGUCACCAAGUCCCACCUACAGGAGUACUUGAACAAGCAUCAGAACUGGGUGUCAGGACUGUCCCAGCACACAGGCCUGGCCAUGGCCACAGAGAGCAUCUUGCACUUCGCUGGCUACAACAGACAAAGUACCACACUGGGCGCUGCUUUCCCUCAGACCACCCAGCUGACGGAGAGACCCGCGUGUGUGAAGAAGGACUACUCCAACUUCAUGGCCUCACUCAACCUGCGGAACCGCUACACUGGAGAGGUGGCCGGCAUGAUCCAGUUCUCCGAGGCAACCCACAGUCAGUCGGACCUGAGCAAGCUGAUGGUCCGGCAGAUGACCGACGCUCUGGACAGAAAAGACCCAGAGGCUUUCACCCAGGCUAUGUUCAAGAUGGCUGCCCUGCUUAUCACCACCAAAAACUGUGAUCCUCAGCUGCUGCACCAUCUGUGCUGGUCUCCUCUGAAGAUGUUUACUGAACACGGUAUGGAGACUGCGAUCGCCUGCUGGGAGUGGCUCCUGGCCGCACACAACGGAGUGGAAGUGCCAUUCAUGCGUGAGAUGGCCGGGGCUUGGCAGAUGACAGUGGAGCUGAAGAUGGGUUUGUUCUCGGAGGCCAAGGUCGAGGCCGACCCCCUGGCCGCCUCGGAGGAGAGCCAGCCUGUGCCCUGUCCACCUGACGUCACUCCUCACUUCCUCUGGAUAGAGUUCCUGGUGCAGAGGUUUGAGAUAGCAAAGUACAGCAGUGCUGACCAGGUGGAGGUAUUCACUGCUAUUCUGCAGAGGUCACUGUCUCUGAGCGUCGGAGGAGCCAAGAGCAGCCUGAACAGGCAUGUGGGUGCCAUAGGACCAAGAUUCAGACUUCUGACUCUGGGUCUGACUCUUCUGCAUGCUGAUGUGGUGACAAAUGCCACCAUCAGAAACGUGCUGCGGGAGAAAAUCUACUCCACAGCCUUUGACUACUUUAGUGUGGCUCCUAAAUUCCCUACUCAGACAGAGAAGAGGCUGAGAGAAGACAUCAGCAUAAUGAUCAAGUUCUAUGCCAGCCUGCUGUCUGACAAGAAAUAUCUGGCUGCCAACCAGCUGGUUCCUCCAGACCCUCAGGACAUGUCGGUGAACAGCCUGUCUGUAGUCACGGUGACAGACAGCCGGAGCAGUCUUGAUGCGGCGGUGGGCCAGAGGCAGCAGGUGGCUCAGGGAUGGAUCAACACCUACCCUCUGUCCUCUGGGAUGUCCACCAUAUCUAAGAAAUCAGGACUGUCAAAGAAAAGCAACAGAGGUUCUCAGCUGCACAAGUACUACAUGAAACGCAGGACUCUGCUACUGGCCUUACUGGCCAGUGAGAUCGAGCGGCUGACGACGUGGUACAACCCGCUGUCCACCCAGGAGCUGGCCAUCUCUACUGAGCAGUCAGUGGAGACCAGCAUCACCAACUGGAGGUCCAAAUUCAUCAGUCUGACUGAGAAACAGUGGAAGGACAAUGUCAACCUGGCCUGGAGCAUAGCCCCUUAUCUAGCACUGCAGCUACCAGCCAGGUUUAAAAACACAGAGGCCAUUGUGUCAGAGGUGACUCGGCUGGUUCGUAUGGAUCCAGCUGCUGUGUGUGAUGUACCUGAGGCUGUAAAGUUCUUAGUGACGUGGCACACAAUUGAUGCUGACUCUCCAGAGCUGAGUCAUAUCCUGUGCUGGGCGCCAGCUGAUCCGCCGACAGGACUGUCCUACUUCUCCUCCAUGUACCCUCCUCACCCCCUCACAGCACAAUACGGGGUCAAAGUGCUGCGCUCCUUUCCUCCCGAUGCCAUUCUGUUUUACAUCCCUCAGAUCGUCCAGGCGCUCCGUUACGACAAGAUGGGUUAUGUGAGAGAGUACAUCCUGUGGGCCGCUCAGAAGUCUCAGCUGUUGGCCCACCAGUUCAUCUGGAACAUGAAGACCAACAUUUUCAUGGACGAGGAGGGACACCAGAAAGACCCUGACAUCGGGGAGCUUCUGGAGCAGAUGGUGGAGGAGAUCACUGGCUCUCUGUCUGGACCAGCAAAGGACUUCUACCAGAGAGAGUUUGACUUCUUCAACAAAAUCACCAAUGUGUCCGCCAUCAUCAAACCUUUCCCUAAGGGCGAUGAGAGGAAGAGGGCCUGCCUGCAAGCCAUGUCAGAGAUCAAGGUGCAGCCUGGCUGUUACCUUCCCAGUAACCCCGAGGCCAUAGUCCUGGAUAUAGAUUACAAAUCUGGGACCCCCAUGCAGAGUGCUGCUAAAGCUCCUUACCUGGCCAAAUUCAAAGUGAGGAGGUGUGGAGUCAGUGAGCUGGAAAAAGAAGGUCUGCAGUGUCGCUCAGAUUCUCUGGAUGAGGCGAAGAGCGAAGAGGAGGCCAAGAGGAUCUGCUGGCAGGCAGCCAUCUUUAAAGUGGGAGACGACUGCAGACAGGAUAUGCUGGCUCUCCAGAUCAUUGGCCUGUUUAAGAACAUCUUCCAGCUGGUGGGCCUGGACCUCUAUGUGUUUCCCUACAGGGUGGUUGCCACCGCCCCUGGGUGUGGCGUAAUUGAGUGCAUCCCAGACUGCAAAUCUCGUGACCAGCUGGGGCGGCAGACAGAUUUUGGCAUGUACGAUUAUUUCAGAAACCAAUAUGGAGACGAGUCCACGUUGGCUUUCCAGAAGGCACGAUACAACUUCAUCCGCAGCAUGGCAGCUUACAGCCUGCUGCUGUUUCUGCUGCAGAUCAAAGACAGACACAACGGCAACAUCAUGCUGGACAGCCAGGGCCACCUCAUCCACAUCGAUUUUGGAUUCAUGUUUGAAAGUUCUCCCGGUGGAAACCUCGGCUGGGAGCCGGACAUCAAGCUGACAGAUGAGAUGGUGAUGAUCAUGGGUGGCAAGAUGGAGGCUACGCCCUUCAAAUGGUUCAUGGAGAUGUGUGUUAGGGGAUACCUGGCUGUCAGGCCCUACAUGGACGCGGUGGUCUCACUGGUCACCCUCAUGCUGGACACCGGACUUCCCUGCUUCAGAGGACAGACCAUCAAAUUGCUCAAGCAGCGAUUCAACCCGAGUGUGAGUGAGAAGGAGGCAGCCGCCUUCAUCAUCAAAGUCAUCCAGAACUGUUUCCUCAGCAACAGGAGCAGAACCUAUGACAUGAUCCAGUAUUACCAAAACCAGAUCCCAUAUUAAACUUCUGUGCCUACGUAUGUGCAUAUUGGCUGGUGUGUGUGUGUGAGUGUGUGUGUGUGUUUUAAUGUUCAAGGUUGCAUUUGCAGCUUUCUGUUAUUGCUAAUUGCUGGAUGUUGAUCAUAGUGUUUGCUUUGGCUUCUUGUUUCCCCUUCCAUUCACGGUUUCUUUUAGUAUUAGCUGUAUGGUCUUAUAUUUAUUAUGUUAUGUUGAAAGAAAUGUUGUAAUUAUUAAUAUUAUUACACUAUUGCACUGGCAUCUUGACUUUUGUGCACUUGGAGAAAAACAGCAACUCUUAGUAAUCUGCACGUUCCAUAAAUAAAUACUUUACGAGUUUGUGCCAAGUUUUUUAACUGAUUUGUAAUGUUGGUGAAUGUGCACUCUGAAAGCUGUUGAUUUUAGACGGGGUUGACAAUAUGUAUUGUAUGUUCUUAGAUUUCAUUGGAUACUUGAAGUAGCCGAUGUCGACUGGUUUCAGUUCUGACCAAUGUGGCCUAUUCUGUGAUCUUGUACUUGACUGUACUACUGUGCUUCACUUUUAAAUGGACCAAUCACAGCUCUUUGAUCCGUGGCAUGGUACUCGUCAACUGCUUGUAUUUAACAGUGAACACUGACCGCAUUGACAUGGGUUACACUGUCCGUUUUGGUGAUGUCGGUUUCCACGGGUGGAGUUACCAAAGGAGAAAAUAUGAUGCACACAAAUUCUGGGAUCCACUUGGGCUGAGUUUUCUAUAUUUAGCAUUGCCAAAGGGGGGGAGGGAAGCGGGUGCACAUGAAUCACUUUUCUAUUUUCUGCGGUUAUCAGUAAGGCACAGCUUUAGAAUCAGACAGGGACGGAAAGAUAAAGUGCGUGCAAUAUGGGUUUUGGCAAAAGUUACUUAAGUAAUCCAAAACGCAGUGUCCCAUGUCCAUAUGGUCAGCUCAAGCCCUUAUGUAAUGUUACUGAUUGUAAAGAUUCUGCCUCUUUGUAUAUUUAUAACCAUGACCCAUUUUCUGUCUCCUUUUCUAUCUUCAUGCCUUUUGAAUGAGAAUGUCUAGGAUAUGAAAUCAAAGAUAAAUAAAUCUCUAUUAAGUUAA